AUGUUAAAUAUAGUUACACUUGGAUUGAAGUUCUAUUUUUUUAGAUUUGUGGAUUGUUUUCCUUUUCUAACGAACAGUGUUACCAAACAAGAGAUAAUGUCUAAAAAAGAACAGCCAAAGCAAAAUGAGAUAGAAACAGACAACAAACAAUCAUCAACCGAUUUGAAUAAUGGUAAGAGUGUUAGUGAUUCUGAGAAGCAGAAUGAUUUGGAGAAUCAAACUUCUCAAGAAAAACCUUAUUGUGCCUUAUCUUUGAAAAGGAAAACUAUUAUUAUUGGCAUUGUCACUAUAGCUGGUUGUUUGGGUCCUAUUUCAGGAAACAUUUAUAUUCCCAUUUUGCCACAAUUGGAAAAUGAAUUUCACGUUUCUGCUCAAGUUAUUAAUGGAACAGUAUCAGCAUUUAUGCUUGUAUUUGCAAUUGCCCCGUUGCUUUGGGCUUCAUGGGCCGAUUAUGGUGGGAGGAAAACUCUAUAUUUGAUACCAUUAGUAUUUUUCGUAUUGGCAAAUAUUUUAUUGGCAGCUACUCCAGCGAAUAUUGUUGGAUUAUACAUUUUGCGAGUUUUACAAGCAUUUGGAGCAUCAAGUGUUAUUUCAGUUGGUGCUGGAACAGUUGCUGAUAUCAUAGAACCAAAACACCGAGCCAAAGCUAUCUCUGUUUUUAUGUGGGGACCUCAAUUGGGUCCAGUAUUGGGUCCAGUAUUGUCAAUAAUUGCUUCAAAAGGACAAUGGAGAUGGAUUUUUGGAUUUUUGGCUUUUUUCGGAUUUGCAGUCUAUUUAAUGAUUUUGUUCUUUUUGCCUGAAACUUUAAGGUAUCUAGUUGGUAAUUGUUCCUGUUAUAAAGAUACUUCAAUAUAUGUUAAACCACACUUGCGACAGAAAAAAAUUGUUGAUGGGUAUCCGGUUCCUCCAAAACCAAGUUUCAAGAGUUAUUGGAUUUUAAUAAAAUUCAAACCAGUUUUGUUGUGUUCAAUAAACUCGGGAUUACUAUUCGCAACAUUUUAUGGAUUAAUGGUAACUUUUGCUCAUAUUCUAAAAUCAAAAUACUCAUUUACCGAUGCACAAAUUAGUGCUAGCUAUUUGUGUCCCGGGAUUUCUUUAAUUGUAGGAUCCACAAUUGGCGGUUGGGCUUCUGAUAAGAUGCGAGCAGAAAUAAUCAAGCAUAAUCCUGAUAAAUACGUUCCUGAAUACAGGUUCUCAUUACAAAUUCUAGGAUUAGUAAUAUCAAUUACCGGUGUAAUUGGCUACGGGUGGACAGUACAUAAACAAACAAAUGUAGUUGCAGUAUUCAUAUUCACUUUUUUGGGCGGAUUUGGCAUGACAUGGGUAUUUGUUGCAAAUACCACAUAUUUGACUGAAUGCACUACUGGACAACCAGCAACAAAUGUUGCAAUUGGUAAUUUUGCACGAAACAUAUCUGCUACCAUAUGCACUGCAAUAAUAGAUCCACUAAUUUCUGCCAUGGGGUUUGGUUGGUGUUUAACUGGAUUGGGUUUAACCAAUAUAUUGGGAAUUUUCUUUGUAGUUAUUUUAUUAAAGUGGGGACCAGGUUGGAGACGGCAAUUUUUAAAUACAAGUACAUAG